UUACUCUACUCAAAACCAAAUCCUUCUUACCAUACACCGAGAGAAAACACGAAAUAUCAGCCUCUGAAAAGUAUGAGUGACCAUCUUCCGCGCCCUUUUCGCUUUGACGGUCUGGUCCACACAUACUCUGGAUAUAUGUUCCAUGAGCCUUUAGUGGUCAACCAUCAUCGCUAUCUGUAGCAUUUUGACAAAAGAAGGCUGCAUCAUAUCACUCAACUCGAUCCUUACGAGUUCAAUCUCUACAAGUAUGAUAUUGUCUCUCUUAUUGAGGGUCUCGGGUGGGAUUUUCUUCUUCGCCAGCCAGUGCACCCUGCCUACCCUGGUGCUGUAAAAUACCUCUACUCCAACCUCAAAAGCCAGGGAGUCAGCUCUAGAAGCUUCACUACUCUUGUGUAUGGUCAUCUCUUGACCAUACCUGUCGAUGCUAUCAAUGGUAUCCUGGAAUUCCCUUCUCAAGGACUCGGUUUAGCUCAUCCCUCUGAAUUCUGGAAACAUGAAUUCAAGGUUGAAGUGGAAUAUGGGAAUUUCUCCACUGAGCCAACUGGGGGCUCAGAUGUCCCUAUUCCAGUGUCUUGGUUGCCUCCUCGACUAAUAAUAUUUCAUCAUUUUCUCACUCAUGUCCUCUUCCCACGAUCCUUCAAUCAGGAUCGAGUUCUCCACAUGGAUCUGUGGAUAAUUGCUAGUGCAACUGCAAGACGCAAGCCGGACUAUUCAAGCAUAGUGUUUGGCCAACUUCUUCCUAUUAGAGAUUAAAACUAUAGAGGGCUAGUGCCAUUUGGGUCCCUAAUCACUCGCUUACUGAUCAACCUCGGGGUAGAUCUUUCUGAGUUUCGAAGCAUUUCCUCUACCAUGUACAUCAGUGCACUUAAUGUACUGAUGGUGCUGGACUUACCCACUGAAAUCUCUCAUCCCCCUCGUCCUUCUGCCUCUCUCCUCGGGCCCCCUCCUAAGCCCGCUGCUGUCAAAAGGACCAAGUCAGUGGGAGAACCCAGCAAGACUGGGGAUCUAGUCUUCACCAUCUCUGAAGGAGAUUCUUCCUCAGAUGACUCUACUGCUACAGCUCCUGCCUCUUAAUCUUCUAUCUGUUGUUCAGUUUUUAUGUUAUCCUGUUGGUAGGGUGUGUUCUUUUAAUUAGGGGGAAUCUAGUUAGGAUUCUAUUUUGGGGAUUCUGUUCAGGGGGAAUUAUGCUAAGGUGUUUGUCCUGUUAUUUUGUACUGCUGUCCUCUUCAGGGCAAGCAAUCUGUUGUACUCCUUUUCUUAUUAAUCAAUGAACUGCAUAUUCCCCUCGAGAUUCUUAUACAGCUGUGUUUUCUUGUUCUGUUUUGUAGGGACUUCUCGGAUGAAGGGGGAAAUUGUUGACCCUGAAACGACGCAGUAACUAUCAAAACAGAGUACUUCACAAUGAUGCCAUUUCGCUACACCUCGCAACAACGCCGUUUCACUACAUCAUCCUUCGAAGUCAAGAGAGGACUCCUCGAUCGAUGAUCUCCCUGAUCUCUUCUCUCGAUCGUCCUCUUUCAACAGAAGCUUCAGCUUUCUUGAGCCUACUCCACCUAGCACCGUCUCUAUGAUGAUGAAUGAUGAAGACUAUGGAAGGCUCCCAAUUAGGCAACGUUCAUCUGCUAUUAACACUAUAAAUUGUAAGCCUUCUACUCAAUAGCAACUUGACAGUUAGUUGCGAGAACUUCUGGGUUUGAAACUCUUCUACUUUGGGUCAAUAAUUGUAAUUGCUUCAGUAGAUAGAAUCACAGUGUAUGGGAGUGUACUGGGUGAUUCGAAUCUUGGGAAGUGAGUGUGUUGAGUGUUGUUUCUCAAAGAGCCAAGUCACUGGGCUUGGCUAGGGUUCAUUGUGUAGUCUGAUCUUCAUUUGCAAAAUCAAUAAAAGUGUAUUUCUUUUCUUUACAAGAGAUCAUCUUAGAAAAGUUAUAAUUAGAAUCUCUUGUUGAGUGCAUCUCAUAUUAUGAGUUUACAGAUAGUUCUGACCCCAUUUUUCAAAUAAGACAUUUUAUGGCCCACUUUUGAAAUUAUUGGACAAAUUUGGCCUACGAUUUGAAUUGACCGUCAAAAUAGACAGUCAACUAUUUUUUUCGUCGAUGACUCAGCAUCAAAAUACUGAGGUGGAUCUGAGGUGCUGCCACACCAUUUAUUUAGAUUAAAAAUUUAAAAACAAAAAACUUAAAAUAAAACAAAACAAAAAACCAAAAUACACUUUCCAAUCCCUUGAGUCCCUCCCCUCCCCUCCGAAUAGGAAUCCCUAACAUCUUCGUCAUCGCAAGCCCAUCCUCGCCACCAUUCCCAUCUUCGGCUACCUCCGCUCCAUCUCCCCUACCAUUUUUCUUGUCCGUCCGAUUUUGCUGCUGCUCCAUCAAGAUCCCGUCCACAAUAUCAGAAGCUGCUGCUCUUUGAUUGCCCCUGUCCCUCUCCUCGUCGAACUCGUGAUGGUGCCUCUUCCACGGAAGCGAAGGCGACAGGGAGCGUUGGCGGUGUUGGCGGUGCGGCAGUGCGAUGCGCGUGCGUCCGGCGAGAGUGAGUAUGCCAAUGGUCGUCUCUCCUUGGAAGAAGCAGUUGUCAAUGGUCGUCUCUUCAAACGAUUUCCCAGAACUGAAAUUUUGGGUUUGGGUUCUUCGAUUUUCAAAACUGAUUCAGAUCCCAAACCCAGAUCUACAGUAGAGUGAAAGAGGGAAAAGAUGUGGUGGCUUGACUCUGACGACGAGGGUCGCAAUUGAUAGAAGGAAGUCAGCCAGGGAUGGCGACGACGAGAGGCAGCUAGGGAUUGUAGGAUGGGGAAGGAAAUUGGGGGAAGGAUUUCGCAAUGGGUGGAGGUGGAAGUUAGAAGAGGAAGAAGAUGAGGAAAGGGUUUCGUUUGACCAUUUUUCUGUUUUGUUUUUUAGUUUUAAAUGAUGUGGACGUACUAGUCAUCAGUGGAUGUUGAGUCACUUAUGGAGAAAAUAGUUGAUCGUCAAUUUUGACGGUCAAUUCAAAAUGCGGGCCAAAUUUGUCCAAUAAUUUUAAAAGUAGGCCACAAAUGUCUUAUUUGAAAAAUGGGGUCAGAACUGACACUUACGCUAAACUUGGGGCCAAACUAGGGUAUUAACCCUAACGGUUUCAUAAAGAUUUUUUUUAUUUUUCAGAAAGGUAAACUCAAGAAAGAUUCAUAGUAGAGAACUAUUUUUUCAUGUGAAACAUAAUAGAGGGACUCGUUUAGAAAAUAUCCAUAAUGGAAGGACAUAGUAAAUUGGAAAAUAUAUCUUUUGGGCUCAUUUGUGUUGCUAGACGGGGAAAGUUAAUAUGCUAAUUAACUUGAAGAUUCGUUAGCAAAUACUAACUGAUAUCCAAAAUACAUGAACUAUUAUCUAAGUACUAAAGUAUCUAGAGAGCACAGACUAGUAUUCAAAGUUUGCUAACUGAUAUCCACCAUGAAUCAACUAUUAUCCCAAAUUCACAAACUAAUAUCUAGACAACACAGAAUAGUUUCCAAAUAGCACAUAAUUAGUAUCCAGAUAACACAUAAAAGUAUCCAUAUAACUCAUAAGAGUAUCCAUAUUGAAUACUAGUUGGUUGAUUGUGGAUAUUAGUUGGUAUAUGCUAUAUGGAUACUAGUUUGUGAUGUUUUGAAUAUUAGUUUGUGCUAUCUAGAUACUUAGCAGACUUGGAUAUUAGUUCGUACAUUUUGGAUAUUAGUUAGUAUAUACUAACGAAUCUUCAAGUUAGCAGAAUAACUAGACUGUGGUAGACGGGUUGUGUGCUGCUUAGAGCACAUUGUAUGGACUUUAUUGGAUGGGCUUUCUUUUUCUCAAUCUCUCUUGUAUGAUGUCGUCAUUUAUGCUCAUAACCAAGAUUGUCAAACCGGUUUACGUCGGUAUCCUGGUUUAGCAUGUGAAAUGAUUCUAUCCGUGGUACAAUCGAUUUGUUCUGGUUCAUGCCGGUUAAUAAAAUAUGUGAAAAUAUAUAAAACCAUUAAUGCCAAAUGAAUUUAAUCAUAUAAUUUAAUCAUAUAUAAACCAUAUAUGAAGAGAAUUUACGUAAAAUUAAUAUUGAUAUUUAAAUAAAAUGUAAUAUUUAAAAUAAACUUACAUGUACUCCUAUUUAAAUUCACUAAAACGACGUCAUUUUACUUAGAAAUUCGUAGAUAGAUCAUGUCAGUCAUAUCGGUGGUGUCAUGUCAGUUUCAUGACAGGUAUUGGUUGAACCAGGUUGAACCGGUGGCAUGCCGGCGGGAGUGACAACCAUGCUAAUAACCAAGAUUUUCAAACCGGUUCAUACCGUUGUACCGGUUUAGCAAGUGGAAUGGUUCAAUCAGUGGUACAACCGAUAUGUGCCGGUUGAUACCAAUUUAAUAGCAUAUGUGGAAAUGUGAAGACCAAUUAAUAAUGAAUGAAUUCAAUCAUAUAUAAAAUUAUAUUUGAAGACAAUUUACUUACAAUUCAUAUGAUAUUUAAAUAAAAUGAGACAUUCCUGAUGAAUUAUAAUUACUCAUAUUUAAAUAAUAUAAUUAACGUCAAUGCCUACAAGUCUAUGCUUAAAUGCAACAAAUAACAUCAAAAUUUAACUUUUAAACUCAUAAAAUAAAUGAUAAAAUAAUAU